GAGAGAGAGAGAGAGAGAGAGAGAGAGAGAGAGAGAGAGGGAAAUCAUGCCAGGGUGUAGCAGCUCUCCGGUGAAAACUGUACACUCUUUUUUGUUUGCACGUCUUCCUGGGCAGUAAGCAGCAGACAAGCAGACAGCAGAAAGUGUGUGAAUAGGGAGCAGAGCCUGACAACAGCGUUACAUCAUGAAGUCUCAGCAGAAAUGCAUCGUGAUCUUUGCUCUGGUGUGCUGCUUCGCCGUCUUGGUGGCGCUGAUAUUUUCAGCCGUGGACGUGUUAGGAGAAGACGACGACAUCCUCAACGACGAUAAUUGCAGCGAUAUCUGCCAGGUGGUGCUUGUGGAAAAUAUCCCAGAAGACAUCUCUAUUUCUCACGAGGGUACAACCUCCUUGACUGCGGGACUUCACAGCCUUCUGGACCUGGCUCAGAAAUCGGUCGAGAUCGUGUCACCAUGGUGGGAUCUGAACUCCACCGAGCAGGACUCUCGAUUUCCACAAGCCAAGCAGCAGGGUCGACUGUUACUCCAUCGGCUUCUGGGUCUGAAAGCUCAGCAUGUUCAGCUGAAGAUAGCCAGCAGCACGGCGUCUCCAGAGCUCGAUCUGCUCUCUCACUACGGUGCUGAUGUGCGAUACCUGAACAUGACGGCCCUCACCAAAGGCCUCCUUCAUUCCUCCUUCUGGGUGGUGGACAGGAAACACGUGUACAUCGGCAGCGCUGCAAUGGACUGGAGAUCUCUGUCUACGCUGAAGGAGCUCGGCAUCGUCGUUUAUGAGUGCAGAUGUUUGGCUGUAGACCUGCACAGGAUCUUUAACCUUUACUGGCAGCUGGAGUACAAGGAGUUCGUCCCCACAAUAUGGAGCAAGAGGCUGAGCGCCCUCUACAGCAAGGAGGAACAUUUCUCUUUUCACCUCAACGGCUCCUUGGCCAGAGCCUACUUCUCGAGCUCCCCGAAUAUCUUCCGUCCCAAAGACAGGACCACGGACACCGAAGCCAUUUUCCGGGUCAUCCAGGACGCCAAGCGCUUCAUCUGCAUCUCCAUGACAGAUUAUCUGCCUCUCCUGAGCAGCACUUCACACACUAAGUACUGGUCGCGUAUCGACGGCAUGCUGCGCGAGGCUCUGGUCCUGAAAAACCUCCAAAUCCGUCUGCUGAUCAGCUGCCGAGAGCAAACGCACCCACUCACCUUCAACUUCCUGUGGUCCUUACAGAACCUGUGCAUUCAGAUCUCCAACUGCUCCAUGGAGGCCAGGUUCUUCAGUCCUCGUGUGCGAGACGACGGCUCUCCUCAAGACGUUCACCAUCACAGAUACGUGGUGACCGAUAACUCUGUGUAUAUAGGGAAUCUGGACUGGGUGGGGAACGAGUUUGUGUAUAACGCAGGAGCCGGCCUGGUGGUCAGUGAGCCGGGGAGAAGCUCCACACUGUCCGGGAGACUGAGAGCGGUGUUUGAUAGAGACUGGCGCUCGCCGUACGCUAAACCGCUGCAACCCAACAAGAUUCCCACCUGCAGCUGGAGCACCGCUGGGGUCAAAGGUCACACGGGUCACACGGAGGACACAGCGGGUCCGAACGCCUCUCUGUAAGAUAAGGGCAGGAGGCACCGACCAUAGACUUCUGUACAGUAUUUAUUAUUUAUUCUUAAUAUAUUCUCGAAUAUUUUAUUAUCAUUAUUAUUUAUGAUUCAUCCCGCACACGUUUUGUAAUGAACAUGACACGUUUUUUUCACGCCUCCUUUUGAAACCUGCCUCGUUUUAUAUUUUAUAUUUGAUAUUUUUUACCUUUAAAUUCGUCGCGGCGCAAACCAGCAGGGGGAGCACCUGAGAAUGUACGGUCGCCAUGACGACGAGAAGACCUCAUAAAUCCCUUUGUGUAGAAACAGUAACAACGGAAAUUGUUUACUUAUUCUUUCGUUUAUUUCUUCCUCUGUUUAUUUUCUAUGACGCUUUAAACAAGCCUGGACGCCGUCCCCAAUCAGCAGCAUGUCUGUUUGUCUGUUCGUUUGUUUGUUUGUUUGUUUAUUUGUUUGUUUGUUUAUCUGUGCCUUUCUUUCUUCAUUAUUUACCAGCUGUUUAUAGUUUUUACUUCUUUACUAAUCGUUUUAUUUGUUUUUGGUUCCAAACUUCAUUCAGUUAUGUAUCUUUUUUUCUUUCCUUCUUUUUUUCUUUCUUUCUUUCUUUCUUGAUUUAUUUUCAGCUCAUUUCUUUUACUUAAU